AAGGAGAAACAAAAUGUGUCCUACUCGAGAAAGGGAGCUGAGUUAUCAGACACAACUUCAAGCAUCAUUAGCAAUGAACAGACAAAUAUCACAACAAAAUCUACUGCAAAUGUCUUGACGAGUCCCACAUCUCGGGGGAGGAGAAUGAGCAAAUCAAUAGUACAAUCAACAAUACUAACUAUGUUGUGUUUAUUCACCAAUUGGACGAAUAGCACGGAAAGACACGAUAAAGAAAAUUCAAGUGGUGCUGUUGGAGACCAUCACUAUUCGCGGGUUCUUGAUUUGUUGAUCUGUUUGAUUUUAACAAUUCGUGUAUUGCAGCUUAGACAUGAAUCAACGGUACACGAGCAAUCAAAAAUACCGGCUGUGUUUGUGUUAUUCUUAAUAAUCCAGUGGACUUAUGGCGCCAUAAAACAUCAUAGAAAACGUUCCAGAUGUGCUGUUAAGGACCAACACAUUACAAGAGCUUUGGUUUUGGUUGUGGGGGUCUCUUUGGGUUUAUUUGUUUUAUUUGUACUUGUAAAACAUGUUAGAGAUCAUUUUACGAGUGGAACCCUUGAUGCUCGCGAAUCCAAUGGAUCACAUGUUAUUCAAACAAUUAAAAAUGAUGAAUUUCUUGAAGGGAAGUCACCAUCUUUGACUAUUCCUGUAGAGGAAUCGCUUCUUGAAGAGAUCUAUCCCGAAAUCGCUGAAACUUUUCCUAUAGGAAAAUCAGAAGAAACAAUUGAAAAUUCUCUCAUUGGAGAAUCAAGAGCUAAACGUCUUUCUUCUGGAGAAACACCAAAUGAAGCUUUGAAUGUGGGAGAAUCAACUCUAGGGCCAAAAACUCAAUACACAAGAGAAUCAAUUUCAAAAAUUAAAACUAUUCACAAGGAAGACUCGGUAUCCGAUACUAGACAUACAGAAAAAAGUAUCGUAACAAAUGAAAUAAGACAUGCAGAAAAACACGCAAUAAAGUAUACUAGACAUAAAAAAGAAAAGCUUGAAACAACGGACACGGAUUAUGCUGAAAAUUAUCAAUGGUCUUAUUUCGGACAAACAGGACAUGAAGAACUUAACUUUACAACUGGUAUUAUUGCUGAAGACGUCAACGAAACAAGUCUUGCAAGACAUAAAGAAGAAACGCUGCGAGGAAGGGACACUGGAUAUACAGGAGACUCCUAUUUGACAAAUCACACGAAACCAACUGAAGACUUUCCCGAAAGAAAUGAAACUGGAUAUACAGGAUUUGUAAUUGAUAAUCAAGAAAAAUGCAAGGAAAACUCAGACAAAAGAAAUGCUGAUAAAUCCAAUGCAACAGGCGACAAAAAUGGAGUUAAACAGCGAAGAACAACUGAUAUAGGAACAGCUGACGACAAAAAUACAGUAAAACAAAACGGAACUACUGAAGACGAAAAUAAAAUUAAACCUCACGGAACUACUGACGACGAAAAUACAGUAAAACAUCCUGGAAUUACUGAUGUCGGAGCUAAUGAGAACUGCAACGAAAAAAAACAUUCUGGAGAAACAGAUAAAUGUCAUGGUGCAUCUGCUGCUUGGACUACAGCAAAAUGUCACAGAGCAGCUGACAACGGAAACACAGUAAAGCAAGACGGAACAACUGAAGACGAAAAUAACAUAAAACCUUCCGGAACUACUGACGUGAAAGAUAACGAAAACUGCAACGAAAAAACUCAUUCUGGAGAAACAGAAAAUUGUAACGGUGCAACAGCUUCUUGGAAUACAGAAAAAUGCCACCGAACAGCUGACAACGAAAUAACAAUAAAAUGUCAAGGAGCAAUUGACUCCGGAAACAUAUUAAACUGUCACGGAGCACAUGACACUGGAAACACAGAAAAAUGUCAAGAAAAAGAAGACACGGAAAGUACAGUAAAAUGUAACGGUACUGCUGACACCGGAAAUGUAGAAUCAUUUUAUGGAACAGCUGAUUAUGGAGAAAAUGAGGAAAUCAACAGAAGUGCAACUGGAAAACACUACAGAACUAUUGAAGAUGAACAUGCUGGAGCAUGCUUCAGAACAACUAACACUGAACAUUCAGAGAAAUCCUACAAACCAGCGGACACUAGACUGAUAGAAGAACCUCUCAGAAUAACGGACAGUGGACGUAAAGAAAAAGAAAGUGUAUUUGAUGUACAAACACAAACAGAGGUACAUCUCCGUGGAACUGCUAAAGAAACUACACUAACAAACGACAAAUGUGGAACAUCAGAAACUGGAACUAGAGACGAAAUCCACGAACAAAAAGAAUCCAGUGGAAUAAUUUUAAAUGAGACUGCAAGAGAACUCGACACAAGUAUUGAAACUGAGCAUAGACGGGAACCUCGUGACCAUUCUUCAUAUGAUGCCAAUAAAACGAACGAUAUCGAAGGAUUAUGCAAAGAAGCAGAUAACAUUAAUUUCAACAGGAAAUCAAGUGAAGGCAUAUACGACCGUGGACUAGGGUCGAAAGAUAUAAAAGGGAUUCCUGCAUCCACAAGUAACACAACUAGUAACUCUGAUAUCCAACCUUUUAUUGGAGCAUGUCCGUUUCACGAUAGUAUUGGAAUGGAUGCAAAUAUGGCAAUUGUCCAUCAAAACAUCACAGAGGAGGUAUCAGUUAUCAACACAAUAUCAGCAAGCAUCUCAAGUGCCGACAAUCAAAACGAAAAUACCACUGAUUGUUACGACGAUUCGAAAGAAGAAACAAUGGUGAAAACAGUCUUUGUCAACUCCACGAACGAAUUUGAUUAUCUUGACAAUAGCUUACUUUACAACGAGCCUGAUGAAUCCGACGAAGAAAGCUUAGAUGAAUCUGUAACAGAGAUCAAUGAAUGCUGCACUUCUGAAACCAUUGGUAUCUCUGACAGUUUUAGCAGCUCAUCAAUCACCACAUCAGAUGAAAUACCAGACAAGAUAUGCCAAGGACAACAUUCUGGUGAAGAUAGGAUGAUAGAAAUGAGCGAAUACGUUUCCUGUUUUUUCGAAUCAGAAGAGGACGAAAAACAUCCUGCUAAAACACUUGAUACCAUUUCAAACUAUUGCAAUUCGCAGGAAUCACAUAAUAUCAAUGGACAAGGAAACGAUGCUAUCCCAAUGCAUAGUUAUGACGUUAGCAAGGAACUGGGAAUCCGUGUCAGAUCUACUACCAAUUUGAGCCUUCCCUUAAACAGGAAAAAGACAGUAAUCCCGACUUUUUAUGAAAGAAAUGUUCUGAUUACCUCCUUUGUGAGAAAUCAUUUCAUCAGACACAACCAAUUCUCAAUCCGAAGGUUACGAGCUGCAACAUUCAUCACGCAGGAUUUAUCGAGCUUGUGGAAUAUUGUGAUGCCGUUUCAUCAGCCUGACAGAAACGAAGAUCAGACGUUUAAUCGUUCACCAAAUGUCGAAACAGACAAUUAUGAAGAUCGGAACGCAGGAGCAAUAGAAUAUUCUGAUGCAGGUCGUAGAUCACAUGACAGCGAAAUCACAAGCGAUGCAUUCUACACAAUAUGUAUGAGUUCUGUUACCGAGUCUAUGCGCUUUGAAUGGGGGAGGUUUAAGUCGUUCUGGUCAUUCCCCAUGGACUGUCCUGCAUUGCCCACUUUAUUGGCCAAAUAUGGAUUCUACUACACUGGCAACAGAGAUGAAGUUGUUUGUUUUAGCUGCAAUGUUUCCCAUUCCAACUGGAACAGGGGAGAUUCUGUGUACGCAGUGCAUUACCAGAUGUCAAGUCGAUGUCGCUUCAUGAACGGAGAGGACGUAGGAAAUGUACCUAUUCAUGGACCCCUGUCCUGUCUGAGCCGCAGAGCAGGUGGAAGAGAUGGUGCUUUGGUAGGAAGCGCAGCGGAAAUUGAAAUGAGAUCGAAGCUUUCAACACCAGAGACCGUUACAUCGUUAUUUAUCGGACAAGAUCCAGCAAACCAGGUGAUAGCCCCACAAAGAGAACAGCCAUUACCGUUAGUGCAAAUGAAUCAAACUGAAAACAAUGAUAGAUCGCAAGUCGGCAAUCAUCCAAUGGAAACGAGAAACAGCGCGGAAUGUGGUGGGGGAUCCAACUUUUCUCUUACAGGAUUUCAGGCAGAGGCACCAUCCGGCGGUGCUUCCGUCUCCCGAGCAGCAGCAGUGUCUCAAGAAAGUACAAUGACAAUGUCGAGACCAAGUCAGACCCCAUCAGCCUCGCAACCACCUUGUCUACAAACGCAUGCAUCCACAACCUCCCAUACCGCCUUGGGACCUCAUACAGCUACUUCUAAUACCGCUACUCCGGCAGCCAACCGAUUACUGACUGGCCCUAACGCCUCACCAACAUCUAACCAAGUAGUCACUGCUCCUACUGGUAACCAAGCACUGACUGAUCAAACCUGUAAUCAGCCGCAGUCAAUGAAUCAGCAGCAUCCAACAACAUUUGCUCAGCGUCAGCAGCAACGUCUAGAACAACAAGAUCAACGCGAACAGCAGCAACCAGAACAAGGGCAAGCCGGUCCGGCGAUAGCGAACGGUGCUGCAAGAAACCUUAACAAUCUGGUAGUUACUACAGCUAAGCCCCGAUAUCCUAACUACGCAGUUCUGGCGGUAAGGUCAGGUACCUUCAAUGGAUUUCCGAACCAUUUGGAUCAGACACCCUUACAGAUGGCCAGGGCGGGAUUCUUUUAUGCAGGAUAUGGAGAUUAUGUCAGAUGCUUCUUCUGUGGAGGCGGACUUAGGAAUUGGGAGGCUGGUGAUGACCCCUGGGUGGAGCAUGCCCGCUGGUUUCCUCGCUGUACUCACGUCAAACAAAACAGAGGUCAAACUUUCAUCAACCUGGUACUUCAGAGGCAAAGAGAACUGACAUUGCCAAAUGAAUACAUAAACACAACAAGAGAGGCAUCAAGCAUAGAUUCCAAUGCGAACUCUCAGGACCAGACGGCCAGGAUACAGGCCAACACUGAUAAACAAUCUAGUGCUAGUAACGCACAGAUCAGGUCCAAUACACAGACUGGUACAAGCACCAAUACACUAGCGAACACACAAAACAGCACAGCCUCCGUAUCUAGUCCGCCAGCACGAAAGGCGGAUCAGGUGGUUACACAAACGGCUGCCUCUGCAGAUGAAAUGAAUUCCCCUGCUGUUCUCAGUGUCAAAAAUAUGGGCUACGGCGACCGGAUUAUCCAAACUGCCAUCCAACAUCUACGGAACACUCAUGUUCCAGUAGAAUUAACUGCAUUUGCGCUGUUGGAAAUAAUAUUCGGGUUUGAGGACAUACCUCCCGAGACCCCUGACCAGACACAAACGAGUUCUCACAAUGCCGAAGGACUGAAGACAGAAGAAGGAGGCUCCUUCGUGCUCAAGAGAGAAACCAACAAUGCAGAAAACAAGAUAGAAGAACCACAGGCAGCAGCAACAGCAUCAGCGUCUCAACACCUUAUCCCUAGAAACAAACUAAGAGGAGACAAGCCAGCUCAUUCAUACACGGAAGAAGAACUGAAGUCCAUCCAGGAGGAAAACAGUCAACUCAAGGAACAGAUGAAAUGUAAGAUAUGCAUGGAUAACUUUGUUUGUAUAUCAUUUCUUCCGUGUGGUCAUCUUUGUUGCUGCGCUGAAUGUGCCCCUGCAAUGGUCAAAUGUCCAAUAUGCCGACAGAUAGUACGGGGCUCCGUAAAAACCUAUUUAACGUAAAACGUGAGGAUAUUGUAUAUACCUAUCACUGUUAAAAUGCGUGAAACAAACAAACAUUUACUUUGAAAACGUGGACAAAUGCUUUGUGAUAUUACAAAACACCUGUAUGGUCAGACUGUAACAGUAUUGUUGUCGAUUUUGAUUCGGAUGUAGGCUUCACAGUGUUGAUAGAUAUGCCAAUGCUGUAGAU